ACCCGGACCUAGCCUGAGCCCCGCGGCCCCGCGCAAGUCAGGUGCCCUGCGCCCCUCGCUCGGCGCCCUGCCUGGCCCCCUGCGCCCUGCCUGGCCCCGUGCGCCCCGCGCCCUGCCUGGCCCGGACCAUCCUGUUUUGCCCCAGUGCGCCCGGACCCGACGCCCUGCCUCCUGGCCUCCCUUUCCCUCGCAGGACCAGAGAGCGCAGCCCCGGGGUCAGGGCCAGGGCCUGCCCGCCCCUAGAAAGGAGCCGCUGUGGUCCUGACAAGCAGAGAUGGGGAGAAAACUGGACCUUUCCAAGCUCACGGAUGAAGAGGCCAAACACGUCUGGGAAGUGGUUCAGCGGGACUUUGAUCUGAGAAGGAAGGAAGAGGAGAGACUGGAGGGGUUGAAGGGCCGGAUCAAGAAGGAGAGCUCCCAGAGGGAGCUGCUUGCGGACACUGCGCACCUGAACGAGACCCACUGUGCCCGCUGCCUGCAGCCCUACCGGCUCCUGGUGACCCCCAAAAGGCAAUGCCUGGACUGCCGCCUCUUCACAUGCCAAGACUGCAGCCACGCCCACCCAGAGGAGCAGGGCUGGCUCUGUGACCCCUGCCACCUGGCCAGGGUGGUGAAGAUCGGCUCCCUGGAGUGGUACCACCAGCACCUGCGAGCCCGCUUCAAACGCUUCGGGAGUGCCAAAGUGAUCCGCUCCCUGUGCGGACGGCUGCAGGGGGGAGGUUUGCCUGAUAGAUCGCGAAGCUCGCCUGACAUCCACAGUGGGCCUGAGCCAAGCCCUGGCGAGGGAAGUGGACACAGUGAGCAGACAGAGGAGGAUGGAGAACUGGACACAGUGGCCCAGCCCCAGCCCAUUGGCAGCAAAAAAAAGCGCCUCUCCAUUCACGACUUGGACUUAGAGGCAGACUCUGACGACUCCACUUGGUUUGGCGGUCACACCCCAUAUUCAUCCCCAGUCCCAGCGGCCACAGACAGCGGACAGUGUCUCACUGGCUGCGAGCCCACAGAUGCCGACCGAGAAGAAGAGACCCUCAGGAGGAAACUGGAGGAGCUGACCAGCCACAUCAGUGACCAGGGGGCCUCAUCCGAGGAGGAGGGGAGCAAGGAGGAAGAGGCCGAACUGGACAGGAGCUCCUCCAUCAAGGACCUCCCCGGGGCAGCUCCAGAGGUAAGCGUGGCUGCAGGCCAGACGUACAGACAGGAAACCACCCCCCAGGACCUUCAGGACCUUGUGCAGCCCGGCAGGACUGCAGACAAGAACCUGCUGGAGCUGGAGGACAGAGUGGCCCUCACGGCCUCUGAGGUUCAGCAGGUGGAGAACGAGGUUUCCAACAUCAAGUCCAAGAUUGCCGCCUUGCAGGCUGCAGGGCUCACGGUGAAGCCAUCGGGAAAGCCCCGGAGGAAAUCCAACCUCCCGAUAUUUCUCCCCCGACUCGCUGGGAGAUUGGACGAGAGUCCUAAGGAUCCGAACGCAGAGCCUUCAGAGCAGGUGAUGACAGAGCCUUAUCUUCUCAGAAGGAAGUUCAGUCAUUCCCCGAAAAGUCAAGGUAAAGACGGGGCCUCCUUCCCUCGGCAGUCAGUGUACCGUGGAUCCCUGACCCAGAGAAACCCCAACAGCAGGAAGGGGGUGGCCAACCACAGCUUUGCGAAACCUGUGAUGACCCACCGGCCCUGAAGGAGGAGGUUUGCCGGAACAGGACGGAGUGACCAGUGGCCCCAGCCUUCGCUUUCCCGCACCGCAGCGUCCCGCCCCUCCGUCCGCCCCGCACUCUGGCCGCACGCCAUCCGGGGAGAGACAGCACGCAACACCGUCCAUAAGGGAGCCCCGCCUGCAAGGGCACAGCGUUCUCAGACCCUCGGCUCUUCACCCGCGUUCACGGACGACCUCCGCCACCACCCCUGCCGGCUUGCUCUGAUCCGUGAGAAACAUCUAAGCUGACACGUCUUUCCUGUAGGGCGGCGUUAAACUUUCUGAAGGACAUAAAGAAGAACGUUCUCAGUGUGAUCUUUUAGCCCUUUCCCUGAUGACUCCGCUCAGCGGCUGCGAUGUGUGCAUGCUACACGGUGUCGGA